AAAUCUAUACUGAGUCAUGGUUUUCCAGGCAUUCCAGGGUCAAAUGGCAUGCCGGGAAUGCCGGGCGUGCCCGGGCCGCAGGGACCCCAGGGAAGAGAAGGUCCAAAAGGACAAAUUGGUGAUGAGGGAUCGCCAGGAGUGCAGGGUCCAAGAGGAGACAGAGGACGCGAGGGGCCUCCCGGGAAGAGCGGACCGCCAGGAAUUAUGGGAACAAAAGGUGAAUCGGGGCUUGUGGGAAUGAAAGGAGAGCCAGGCAUUGUGAGAAAUCAAGGAAGAAAAGGAGACAAAGGAGAGAAAGGAGAAAGCGCCAAAGCAAGUCAAGCAGGUUUAGUGCUACAAACCAACUGGAAACAAUGUGUCUGGAAAUCAGCCAGCAGUACUAACAACGGAAAGAUUAAGGUAAACAAGAAUCGCGCUAAAAGCUAAACACGAACUAUUUAUAAGUACCACAGAUGAUGUUUAUAGGUGGAAAGAGGUCGAAAAUCCUUUUUCUGAGAUAAAGUUAAAGCACAACUAUGAUACCAACCUUAUUGCCUCAGCCUUCAUCCCCAAUCAACCUUUCUCCAGUUGGCAUUAAUUUUUGUGUUAUUUAGCAUUAUUAGAGUUGCAGACAUUUUAAUCGUUUUUUUUUUUUUUUUCAGGACUGUGCUUUUAACAAGUUGAAGUCGGAUACUGCGCUCAAAGUC